ACAGUUUGUCAACUCUUUGAUCAUUUGUUUACAAACUCUGUGUUCACUACAUCUGAUCCAUCGGUCCAUCACUCGACACAAUGGACGCCAUCGAUGUGUUGCGAGUGAAGGACAGCCAACUCUUGGGUCAGUUGAUCCGAAGUCACCUGUCAUUCAUCAUUGACUCCAACUUUGACUUCGACUCAAUUGAGCCCAAAGUGACCAAAAGGAAAGCCAACCAAACAUACAGUUCGUCUAUUUUUGGCUCAAAUCUCACUCAAGAGGAUCUCACAAAAGAAGGCAUAUUCCGAAAGAGUGGAUCAGUUUUACGACAGUCGGAGCUCAAGGACUUGAUCUCAGCGGGGAUUACAGUGGAUCUGACGGCCAAUCGGUUUACAGUUCACGACUGCUGUAGUGUAUUGAAAAAGUUUUGCAGUGAACUUCCGGAACCACUGAUCACUGAAUCUCUGUUUCCACUCUUUAAACACAUCUCCCAAUUGAGUCGACAAUCGUUGUCUCCAAACCAUUCGCAACACAACGAUAAGAAACUGACGGCUCUUCAGCUGUUUGUGUUGUUAAUGCCGGCGCCCAACAGACAACUACUGCUC